UAUAAUGUACUUCAGUGUUUUGAAAAUAAUCGAAACAAAAUGAAGCCUCACCUGCUGUUUGCAUUUUGGUUCUUGGCAUUUUUUGACCUUAGCAAGCCUCAAAAAACCCCCAAAAUCGUCCACUUUUUAUCGUCUGAGACCACUUUUGAUCGUGUCUACCUCCAUCACUUCUUUGUGAACAUCUCUCGCAAAAAUAAAGCUCUGGAUAUUAAUGCGCAGGUAAUUCAAACGCCUUCUAUUGAGCCCCAUAUGCUGAUAUCAGUGUUUAUGAGAAUGCCCAAAAAACGCCAACAGUCAUUGCCCAUGAUUUCCUAUGAGUUUAACUUGUGCGAAUUUUUGACUAAAGUUGGAAAAAUGAACAAAGGCUCUUCGGGGUUUAUAAUUACAUGGCUAAAGGGCUUUUGGUCUUCCAGCACAUUUCCCCAAUGUUGUCCCAUAACGGAGGGGAUUUAUUCUUGGUUAAACUUAAAUAUUGAAAAAUUUAAUAUUCCUUCGUUUUUUCCCAAAACGAUAUAUGAUGUCACAGUACUGGUUUAUCUGCCCAACAAAGGAAUUAAGGAAAUGGUAACCAAUUUAAAAUUGGUAGCUGAGCUAAAAUAAGCAUUGUUAAAUUGCAUUGUAUUCAUUGGUUAAAUAAUUGAAUAAAACCUAUUUUUGAUGGAAAAUCUAGACCUAGUAUAUACCACCAAUGGUGUGGUAUUCAAGAUUAGCCAUCAAAAAUUUGUAUUUGUAA